AUGCCCCCCGUACCGGUAUACACUGCCAGCCCCAUCCAUGCCGCCUCCAAGGCAUCGGGCAUCACUCCGAAAACAGAAGCCGUAGAGGGAAACGAGCCUCACGUGCAGCCGUCGCCGUCGAAAACAUCGUCAGAGGCUUCAACAGGAUAUCCUCCUGCGCAGCCAGGUGCCAGGCCUUCAUUACCCGUUCAGACUGGCGCCCCGGAAUCAUCCGAUAGGUACAGACCAACACCAACUUCGACUCAGGCCGACACAAGCCCUCCGCCUCCUCAACCCGGCGCUGCGCCUUCACCUCCAGGGAAAAGCAGCUUGCCACCUCCUCCCAAGGCCGGAGAGUCCGUCCAGCAACGGCCCCGAUCGCAGACCUUGCCCAUGCCGCCUCAGAUGCUUUACCCAUCGCCGACGACGAGCUACCAAACCCACCAGAGAGGCACAUCAACCUCCGUUUCCACAGCGUAUUCGCCUAAUGUGCCGCAGCCAACGUUCUUACAAAGCAGUGAAAGCACCGAGCCGGACUUUUCGCACCCUCCGGGCUACCAGCAGAACAUCCACGCCGCGGAUUUCUCGCGGGACCAGCGGGAGGCUCACAACGCCUCGUUUGCUCGAGAUUCUUACCAAAACUACGAGGAAGAAGACGGCAUCUGGAACACGGCCAAGAAGUGGGCGGCGGCGGCGGGAGACAGCCUUGCGGCAGCAGAACAGGAAGUCUGGAAGAGAAUCAACAAGGACUAG